UAGUCCCGGACCUCGAUCAGAUUGCAAAAGGGGGUGGGGUUUCUUCCAAUCAAAGAUUUCCAUCAAGUUCCUACAAUAUUUUUCUUGUUUAUAAAAAAUUGUUCUUUUAAUUUUCCAAGAAGUAAUCCUGGUUGAUUUCCACAUCGGUUGAAUCCGCAGGGUUUAAAGAUUCAGUUCUGUUCCAUAUUUCUCCAGCUGGCAAUAAAUCGUCGACGAUGUUUACUAGAAUUUUUGGAAAGCCUAAGCAAGAAACGAAUGCUCUGGCAACGUUAGAUAAGUUAAAUGAGACUCUUGAGAUGCUGGAGAAAAAAGAGAAAGUUCUCUUGAAGAAGGCUGCCGCUGAAGUUGAAAGGGCCAAGGAAUUCACUCGAGCUAAAAAUAAAAGGGCUGCAAUACAAUGUUUGAAGAGAAAAAGGCUUUAUGAACAACAAAUUGAACAGCUCGGAAACUUCCAGUUGCGAAUUCAUGAUCAGAUGAUAAUGCUAGAGGGAGCGAAAGCUACCACAGAAACUGUAGAUGCUUUGAGAACAGGAGCAGCUGCAAUGAAGGCUAUGCAGAAGGCAACCAAUAUUGAUGACGUGGACAAGACAAUGGAUGAAAUCAAUGAGCAGACUGAAAACAUGAAACAAAUUCAAGAAGCUUUGUCAACGCCUAUGGGUGCAGCUGCUGAUUUUGAUGAGGAUGAACUGGAGGCAGAGCUCGAAGAACUCGAAGGAGCUGAGCUGGAAGAACAGCUCUUGCAACCCGCAACAACAGCUCCUGCUGCACCUGUUCGAGUGCCUGCAGGAGGAAGGCAACCGGCGAGGAAGGUUGAAGACGAUGAUGAUGAGCUGGCCGAAUUGCAGAGAGAGAUGGCCCUUUAAGGAGAUUUGAACUCCUAAAUCCUGAGAAACUGUAAUAUACUUGCUGUAUAAUGGAGAGUCGUAGCUUCUUCAGCUGCUGUGUCCAUAUUUUCAGAACAAAUUUCCUUGUGCAUUUCUUUUUUUGGAAAGAAAACUGUAUAGUUUUCUUUAUUUAUGACUUUAGAUUUUGUAUGGAAUUCCUUAUUUCUUUUUCCUAUUCACUUGACCAUUUGAAUUCA